AUGGAGGACUUGAAAACUUCGGAGCGAUUUUCCCACAAGUCCUCGUUCAGCAUCAGCAGCCUGUUGUGGAGACGAGAGGGGGUGACGGGUGACCCGGAGUCUCCUUCUCCGUCCCAGAAACUGCGCUGCGCACCUCCAGAGAAAUCCGGUCAAGAGGAAAAGUUGGACAACGAAAAGCACUGCGAAAACCCAGAACCGUGCGCUAAGGUUGAAACUAACCCGGCGCCUGCAAGUGGAAAAGGACAGGAAAAGAAGAGAGGAUACGAGGCAAGCGGGGAAGCCGAAGAAAGCGUUCAACCCGAGAAGCCUCCUUUCAGUUACAACGCGCUCAUCAUGAUGGCGAUCCGCCAGAACCCGGAUCGACGGCUCACACUCAACGGCAUCUAUGAGUUUAUCAUGGACAACUUUCCAUAUUACCGUGAGAACAGACAAGGGUGGCAAAACUCAAUCAGGCACAACCUGAGUCUGAAUAAGUGUUUCGUUAAAGUGCCGCGCCACUAUGAUGACCCGGGCAAAGGCAACUACUGGAUGCUGGACCCCUGCAGUGAAGACGUCUUCAUAGGCGGCGCGUCAGGGAAGCUCCGGCGCAGGGCCGCCACUGGCUCCGGGGCCAAGCUUGCACUUAAGAGAGGAGGAGGUCGUCUGAUGUCCUCUGGCACUGCUACCAGUUUGACCUUGGCCGCGGCGGGUUCGUUUUACUGGCCGGUGCCGCCGUUCCUGCCUCUACAAACACCAGUACGCCCCCACCUUGGCGCAGGGACUUAUCUGAGUGCCCGUCCGCGCAUCUCCGCCCAUGCCACAUCGGCUGUUUCACAGCGGUCCCGGCUGAGUGCAGACGCCGACCGGUUCUUGCAGACGCGCCAGGAGAUGUCUUACAUCGGAGUCAGUUGCGCUCAAUCCCGCCGCCACCAGAUUGGCACUGCCUGCACCGCUUUCUCCGCAUCCGUCCCCGCGUGCACACUGCCGCUGUCGGAUCCGUGCUCCUUUAACGUGAUCUCCGGACAAGCCAGCUACUUUUACUCGCAUCAAAUGCCGUGUGCUGCAACUUUUAGUCUGAGCCAAGAGGAGUGCGCAACGAACGGGACGUCUCCGGGACAGUUUUUAUCCAAGAGCCGCCACUCAGACCUCGGGGGAUGCUUUAAUGACUUUCCAAAUUGUUGCCCUCAAAUCAGUUCAAGCCCUCCUUCGUCUGGGAAUAUAGAAAAAUAG